UUCUUCUCCUCGAUAGAGAUUUGAUUUUGAUCGUGUGUGUUGAUCCGUGCCACGCCCCUUGACGCCGUCUCGCGCAUCGAUUUGGUCGGUGGUUCUGGUUCGACAGCGUGAAGAUCAGUCGCUCGAUACUGCUUCCCGUUCGGCUUCAAUCACUAGGUGAGUAGGGUUUGGUUGUUCGCGUGUCCGUUUGAAGUUCGAAAGAUGGACCCGAUGGAUAUAGUAGGCAAAUCGAAGGAGGAUGCUUCGCUCCCCAAAGCAACUAUGACAAAAAUUAUAAAGGAAAUGCUACCACCUGAUGUUCGUGUUGCACGAGAUGCUCAAGAUCUAUUAAUCGAGUGUUGUGUAGAGUUCAUAAACCUUGUGUCAUCUGAAUCCAAUGAAGUUUGUAAUCGAGAGGAGAAAAGAACGAUUGCUCCCGAGCAUGUACUCAAGGCAUUAGAGGUUCUUGGAUUUGGGGAGUACAUUGAAGAGGUUUAUGCAGCCUAUGAACAGCACAAGCACGAGACAAUGCAGGAUUCUCUUAAAGGUGGUAAAUGGAGUAAUGGAGCCGAGAUGACCGAAGAAGCACUACUAGCAGAACAGCAAAGGAUGUUUGCUGAGGCGCGCGCCAGGAUGAAUGGUGGGGCCGCGGUGCCUAAACAAACAGAUGUAGACUCUAAUGUGGAGAGCUAAUUUUAGGACCUUGAUUUCCUUAAACCAUAGGCAAGCAUCUCUAACUCUUCUAUAUGUGCUUCUGAUCUCCUCUUAUUUUGUACAGAGCCAGUUGGGAGGUAGUCUGGCCUUUGUUGAUAUCAUUAUACAUUUCGAGCUUGUAUUUUAUGUAUGGAUGUUUUCCUAAUGUAAUUAGCGAGAGCUCUUACC